AAAGAUUACUGUGUUAAAGUUAUUGUUGCAAAAGUGCUGCAGAAUAGACUUUUGUAUCUGACGUUAAACCAGUGGUUUUCAACUGGAGAAAAUUGGCAAUGUCUGGAGAUAGCUUUGGUGCUAUCAUCGGUGCACAGGUGGGAUGCCACUGGCAUCUGGCAGAUAGAGGUUAAGGAUACUGUAAACACCUUGCAUGCACACACAGCCCCCACGACAACAAAAAUUACCUGGCUUCAUAUGUUUAAUUGGGCCAAAGUUGAGAAGCCCUGGGCUGGACAUAGUUAAGGUAUAUGGGAGAAAGAAGAGAUAGGAAUACUAGCAUUGCAAUUAGAAAAAUUAGCUAUGGCAAGGUUUAAAAGAACCCUGUUAUAUAUAUUUUAGAGUAUGUAAGAUUAGAAAAGAAAAAGCCUUAAUGUUUGGAGUUCACAGCAAUAUACACAUCAGGGUGAUGGUAAACCAUAAAAUGGUUGAUGAUGAUGUUCUAAGGUUGCUUUCAGGGUCAGAUCUGCCUCCCUCGUUAUACCAAGUACCAGGUGUUACAGGACUACAGUCUGGUUUCGUUUUAUAGAAUCAAAGAUAAUACUUAGGGCGCUAUCCCUUUCGCAGGGGGCCGGUAACAUACAAAAGACGUAGCUUUGGAGACAACACAUAACCUUCAACAGUUCCUUUGGCAGCAGCUAGGCAGGAUUAACUAGUCCAAGGAAAUCAAGCCAGAAUGCAGUCAGAGUUUGCCAAGUAAAACAUACCCACUUAAGUUUUUAACAGAGUUUUACUCUCACCUAAGAAGGCAAAUAUGUAGAAAAAAAUGUGAUUUCCUAAAUUAGUUUUAAAAAACCUUUUAAGAACAUUCAUCUUUCUCAUCAUCAUUAAGUAGCUCAAUGGCACUUAAACAGGUUUAAAAAGUAUCAACUCGAGUUAGAAAAUCGGUUUCAAUGUGUAGUUAACCAAAGAAAUCACUGCAUUGCUCUGUUGUGUUUAAUUAUUCAUAGUCUAUAGAAUGCUAGGCUUGGAAGUGACUUUUGAGAUCAUUUCCCAACCCAUUCUGCAAACGGAGGUCCACAAAGGCCCGGCGACCAAUGGGUCGCCCUUUAAGGUUUGUGGUGCAGGUAGAAGAGAAUCCUGGCUUCCUGAUGCUUUGCCCAUUUCUUUUCUGACUGGUUAUGCGCUCAGGUCUGACCCUUGUUCUUGUGUGUUCUUAAUUGUAACCCCGCCAGGGGGUGGAUCCGUACUUUGAGCCUCCAACUGUAAUGUUUUAUUCUAGAACUUACUCCUUUCAUCAGUUUGUAUGUCCAUACAAGUAUACUGACUCGGUGCCUUGGGUUAAAUUCUCCCAUUAAGGCCAGUUGGUGUCCCAGUCAAGUUUUGAAAGCCCCGUCCUCCUGGGCCUGUUCCCUAAUCUUCAACACAAGGAGCGGCUCUGGCCUUCUGAUCGUCAAAGAUAAAGCUCUGGGCACCUGCACUCCCGCCUGGCGGUUUUGGGGAUCCUUCAGGGUCCCCCUGGAGAUUCUGCCUUUCCCGGCCGCGGUGUCUUCAAAUUCCAAGAUUCCAGAGUCGUCCGUUCUACACUGGACAGAAUCAGCAAAGGGAAAGCGCCUCUGUGAGCGAAGGGGUCUCGGAUCGGCCUCCGCGGACCACCCGGGGCGGCGGCGCUCCAGGAUUGGGCUGGUGGAGGACCCGCCCGGAAGUGUCGCGCGGGCCGCCCCGGAAGUGCCGGGACUUCCGGCCCGCGGGCGGCGGUGGCAGCGAUUACCUGCUCGGGCUUACCUGCAGACGCGAGUCCUGCGUCCGAGGGAAGCACGGGGGAGGCUGGCCGGCCGCCCCUCCGGCCGCGGACCCGACGCCCGAGUGCGGCCCGGUCUUUCCCACGGCCUCCCGAGAUUUAUGGAGCCGCCGUGACCACGUGCACCCCUGGUAGCUGUGGUGUAGCCCCCAGCCGACCCUCGGCCCGCCUUUCCGAACAGAUGGGGAAACUGCGGAGGACUGGAAAUACGCACUUGGGGCAGGCUUCCUCUUCCACCCGGGUGCCCGGGACGUUUCCUGGUCCCAGCUCUUGCACAGUCAAGAAGUAAUCUAGCAAGAAAUAUGAGCCCUGGGAGCCAAGGGAGGGAGAAUCAGUCUCCAACUCCUACCCAGGAACGCACCAUUAAAAUCUCAACUAUAGGAACCCUUUAUCCCACGAGAGGGUUAAGUCCAGGCUAGAGGCACGAAUAAGGUGUCUAUUCUGAAGGGAAGAAUUCUGUAAGGAUGGACCCACACCAGCAGGUUGCCAGCUUACGGAAUGGGAGUACAUUACAGGUUUCUGAGCGCGAGAAAACCUCUCAGUACGUGAACCAGGUUCAAAGGCGGGAGGACAGGCCCACGGAAGGGAGGCGGUAUACCUGUAGUGAAUGCGGGAAGAAGUUUGCCCAGAGCUCAGGCCUCGUUCGACAUCGGAGAAUCCACACUGGCGAGAAGCCCUACGAGUGUGGUCACUGCGGAAAAGCCUUCAGCGUGCGCUCCACCCUCACUGUGCAUGAGAGAAUCCACACUGGCGAGAAGCCCUAUACCUGUAAUGAGUGUAGGAAAGGCUUCAGUGUGAGGGCACACCUGAUCAUACAUCAGAGAAUCCACAAUGGGGAGAAACCGUAUGAAUGUAAUGAGUGUGGCAAAGCAUUUAGUGUGAGCUCAGACCUUAUCAAACAUCAGAGAAUCCACUCUGGUGAAAAGCCCUAUGAGUGUGACGAGUGUGGGAAAGCCUUCAGCGUGAGCUCCGCCCUCAUCAAACAUCAGAGAAUCCACACAGGAGAGAAGCCGUACGAGUGCAAGGAGUGUGGGAAGGCCUUCUAUGUGAACUCCGCCCUAGUUAACCACCAGAGGAUUCACUCUGGAGAAAAGCCGUACGCGUGUGGAGAAUGCAGGAAAGCCUUCAGCCAGAUCUCAACCCUAAUUCAUCACCAGAGAAUCCAUACUGGAGAGAAACCGUACGAGUGUGACGCGUGUGGGAAAGCUUUCCGUGGGAGUUCUAAUCUUACUAAGCACCAGAAAAUACACGCCAAAGGAAAGUGUCAUCAUUGAUUUAUGUGGCGAAGAUAUUCCAAAGGCCUUUUUUUUUGUAUCAGGAGUUAACACUAAGAGAAGGGCAUGGAAGAAGUUGAUGUUUUAAUUGAUACCUGGUGCUGUAGAAUAUUGAAGAAGUGAGAAGUCCGUGAAAAGUGCUCCAGAAUGACUAGUUAAAGCUCUGAAAUCACGUCGACUUCUGAGAAUGCGCUUUCACAACUCCCAAGGAUGGAGGUUUGCAGACAGACUCUUCUGGGUGGAGAAUACUCUUCUGAGGUCAGCACUGAAGUGAUGCCAUACCCCACCCGAAACCAGCGCACCUGAGUCCUAAGCAGUAAGUGAGGGUGACUCCUGGCCUUGGACAAGGAGUCUAUCUCCCUGCAGAGUUUUGCGGAAGUCUAGCACAGAGGACUAAAUGGGAACAUUCCCCAGGGCCUCCACAAGUCCAGGGGCUUCUGAAUAGUUCAGCCAAGUGAGGGAGGAGCCCCUUUGAGGAAUCACAGCUUGCACUGCUUCAAGCCAAGGACAGUAUCACUCUGAUAAAGGGAGAAGUCUCCUGAUAAGUAUCUGAUAAGUAUCACUCUGGUAAAGACACUUGGGAGAACCUGCCCUGAAGUUCACUUCUGUCAGUGCCCUGGGAGUGGGAAAUUCUCCCUUCACCUUGCGCACACUCUCAGCUUCAGCUGUGAUAAAAGCAUCUGCUGCUCAGUCUAACGUGAGUGCUCCAGAAAUGCCUCUCCCUGAGAAAACAAGCCCUGAAGCACCAGCAGUCCUGACUGAGCCCCAGCAGACUUGAGGAAACCCUAUGAGGAUUCUCAGCCCGGAAGGACCUUCAGUGUAAACCCAGGUCCCGUGGCACUGCACAGCAGAGAAGCCGCCUAAAGAAGAGUCCCACGAGAGUAAAGAAUGUGGCAAAGCCUGCGGAUACUGGGAGGGUCUUGUCAGGUGUCAGAGGACCCGUGAGGACAUCUUCAGUGCUGUAAAUGUUCGUGUGAGCUCAGCUCUCAUCAAACAGAAGCAAAUUCAUCUUGGACGCGAGUGCGUAGGUGGAAGGUCUUCAUCUGGAAGCAGUGCUUCUUGCCAGAAAACCCAUAAAUGGAAAGAUGUGGCAAGGCCUUCACUAAGAUCAGUCUUCUCCAUCAGUAAAUACACCCUGGAGCAAAGCCCUGUAUGUGUGACUGCUCUGGGGACCUUUCCGCGUUAGCUCAGUUCUUACAGUGGAUCAGAGAUUCCUCUUUGAGUGUAAGUGAUACGGGAAAGCCUUCAGUCAAAGUUCAAAUCUUACCAAACACCAGUCUGUACUGGAGAGAAGUCUUCUGCCUGGGGCGGGUAUGAACUCCUUUCUUCAGACAUCAAAGGAUACGCAACAAAAAUAAACUUCAAUCGUCAAAUGUAUGGUAAAGGUAUAGUACAGGACUUUUUCAACGUCAAGCAUCACAGUUAAGUAGGAAGAGCAUGCAACUCUGGAUCUCAGGGUCAUGAGUUUGAGCCCCAUAUUGGGCCUAGAGAUUAUUAAAUAAAUACAAACUUUAAAAAUCCAACUGCAUACAAUCAUUUGACCAUUUUAUGGAAUUAAGACAAGUGUUUAUUAGAGACUUUGUCAGGUCACUUCAUGGGGAAAAGUGAAUUAAAACAUCUGUGACAGAUCUCUAUUGGUAUUUAACUUUCUUUGGCACAGUUAGCUUCCAUUUUCUGUAGUAAAGGUAGAGAAUGGGGGGAAAGUCUUUCAACCUUUGAUGAUUGAAACAUUACUACAUUUGUUUUUGGCUUGGAAUUCAUGAUGCUAAUUAAAAUAGUUUUUCUAAGAAUGAUUUUGACAUUAAUUCCUUUGACGCAUUUCUACCAGACUUACUCCCUUUUAUUUUUAGAGUGUUAGUAUCUGGGAAAUGCUGCAGAUAUCUAUGGUUUGGUAAAUGGUUUCACAGAAUUUCCUAUGCCUUUGGGCAGAAAAAGUAGAUGAAGACACAUGGGUGGACCAUGUGAACUUAUGAUUUGCUAAACAACAGACCAAAUUUACCUUGUUCACUUUGUGUGUCUAAUAUAUGGAAGGAAUAGUGACCCAUACGGAGAAGGCUUGAGCAUGUGCUCAGUGAAGGGUUCUGCUUGUGGGUUGAUAGCAAGUCAGCCUGAAGAGGGAGCUGUCACAGUUUGUCAUUGGAUCUCCCGCCUUCCCAGGCCUGUCCACAAAUGAGAGUGGUUAUUAUUCAGUGUGGAUUCGUUGUGAACUCACUUCAUGGAAUAUCAUAAUCAUUGGUCUGUGUGUGGCCUUAUGUUUUUAUACAUUUUAUUUUAUCUCUACCCCCCCCCCAUCCCAGUCCCAUUUCUCCCAGUUCCUUCCAGUCACCCGUAAAUCGUUGUGUUCUAUCUCAUUCUAUGCCCUUCUGCUUUUUGAAGCCAAUGAAUUAUGAAUAACAAUUCACUGGGCAGGUUGAAUCCUCUGCUGUGAGGUGGUUACUUAAGUCAUUUGCUCUAAUGACUAAGUGAAAGCCAUUUAGGGUGUUCACCAGCUUUGCUCUGAACACCUUUGGGAGUGUUUUUCUGAGGAGCAUACACAGGAAUGAAACUGCUGGCCCACAGGUUAUGCACAGUGUAAAUUGCACUAGCACGUAAUUGUUCUUUUUCCGUGUGAACUAACAGAUCUAUCUGGUAUCUUAACCUGAUGGUGAUGCCACCUGUCCCACAUGGGUUUUGGGAGCUGCAGACUUCCAAACGAUGCAGGUACUUUCUCAUCUGGUGGCGCCGUGGGGUGAGGCAGAUCUCCAAGGCAGAAAUAAAGAAACCUCAACUUCAAAAAUAAUGCCUGACUUCUCAGGGUCUGGUGAUGCAAACUGAUACUGCUACUUAAACUGCAGUGUGAUCCUAAAAGCUACAUACCAGACCAUGCUGUGUGUAAAGGCGAAACAAAAUACUUUUCUAAGAACAUCCCAGAAAGGGAGUGUAGCAGGUGCAAAGGUGCUGACAUACUGGAGAAACAGCACGGCCGGUGAGACAGCAAGAAGAGAGGAGGACACAGGUGAAGGGGGAUGGCCUAUAGAAAUGACCUUUGGGUUUUACCCUGAGUGAAAUGGAAAGCUUAUGGCUGGAUUUUAAGCAAAGAUGUGGCGUAAUCGGUCUUAGGCUUUGAAAGGAUUCCUCUAGCUGCCUUGUGAAGCAUAUAAAGGGACAGGAGUGGGAGCUAAGAGAACAGUUAGGAACCAAUGAGGUAAUCUAGGCAGGAACUUACAGUGCCUUGGACAUAGGUGCUCAGCAGAGGUGGUGAGAAGUGAUGGAUCCUGGUUACACAUUGAAGACCAUGCCACAAGGAUUUUGCUCAUGGAUAAGAUCGAAAGAAGAGGCAAGAAUCACCCAAGGGUUUUGGCGUGGAAGAACAGAGCGACCUUAACAGAGAUGAGAGGAUGCGGCUGGAACAGUUAUUUUUGAACAAGUGAAUGUGGGCUAUAAGUUAGUGCCUCCCAGAAGUUUGGCUGUUUGAGAAAAAAGGAACAUUCUCGGCACAGUCUGCCUGUCAGCCCGGAGCAUUCUUCAGCCACACCAGGCUGAGUCCCAGAUGAAAGACUUUUCUUACAGGCACUUCCCUCUUCCUCCACCCAGCUGCUCCUGAAGACCGGGGACUUACGAAAGCAGUAUUUUCUCAGCCACAUUGUAGAAAGGACAUAGACGUAAAUUGCUGAGUGACAUCCUGGAGUUGUCUGAUUUAAAUUUACAGAAUGAGAUAAACUGCCUGCCUCUGAGAGUUACAGCAGGUCAGUUCUAACCUCCAAGUCCAUAGUUUCUUGGGAAAUAUUACCUGUGGUAUAUUCUUCUUUUUGAAGAGUAAUCAAAUUAGUGAUAUGUAAAUGUUCUCUUAGGUUAGAAUGUUAAAAUAGGAGUUGGAACAGAAAUCACUUAAUAGCUAUUCAGACUGCAAGAACAUGCACCCGGAAUUCUGCUUGGGGUAAUGGUGGACAGAGUCCUAUAGACCAGUUCUCCCACUGAGAAGUGGGGACGCUGGGCAAAAUGCUUUUAAAAAAAUCUAUCCAAACACAUUAAAGAGCUAAUUUGAGAAUAAAAGAUUAGAGUGAAAGAGUAUGUAUAUUUAAGGAGAUGAUCCUUUCUUUGGGCAUCUUCUGAUUCUGGAAAGGGUACCUGAGAGGGUGAGUCAAACUCUUGAUAGGGUCACAGAAAAAAAAGUCACCAAAGUUAGAUUCUGGAGACUGCCAACGUAGGAGGUAGUGCAGGUAAAUGCCCUCACUCUGGUGUGUGGGACCCCAAAGACUGUCCUCUAAAAGUACACGAACCACACAUAGGCUCUCACAGGGGCCACUGCUCUGCUUUGGAUCCUAAUCUCUACAGUGGAUUUAAGUGAUUCCAUAAUGCCAGUGCCCACAGGUACUGGGAGGUCGUCUCUAUAAGAAUGUAAUAUUCUCUUAGGUCUGAAACUAUUUCUAUAAGCAAUUUUGCAAAAACAAAUUUUAAAAAUUAGGAACAUGAGAAGACAAAUGACACAAAAUCCAAGAGAAGCAAUUGAUAGUAGAAACACAUCUGGGAGGGACACCUGGGUGGCUCAGUUGGUUAAGCCUCUGACUGUCGAUUUUGGCUCAGGUCACAAUCUCCUGGUUCAUGAGUUUGAGCCCCACAUUGGGCUCUGUGCCUGCUCGGGAUUGUCCUGUCUCUGCUCACCCUAACCCUCUCAAAAAUCAAUUUUUAAAACGCUUAAAAUUUUAAGUUAAAAUGGAUCAAAGAUGUAAAGGUGAGAGCUAAAACUUUAAAACAUUUAGAAGAAAUCUGGUGUAAAUAUGACCUUGGAUUAAGGCAGUGAUUUCUUCAGUAACACCAGAAACUCAAGAAACAAAAUUAAAAAUAGAGAAAUUGGACUUCAUCAAAUUAUAAACCUUUUUUGCUUCAAAGAACACUAUCAACAAAGUGAAAAGACCUCCCAUGGAACAGAAGAAAAUAUUGGCAAGUCAUAUAUCUGAUAAGGGUCUAGUACCCAGGAUACAUAAAGAACACUUACAACUCAGCAACAAAAAGACUGACAACCCAAUUUAAAAAUGGCCAAAGGCUUUGAAUAGGUAUUUCUUCCAAGAAGAUAUGCAAAUGGACAAUAAGUCAAUGAAAAGAUGCACGUCAUUCUACAUUAGGAAAAUUCAAAUCAAAGCCAUGAGAUACCACUUCACACCCAGUAAGGUAGCUAUAAUAAAGAUAGGAACAGGUGUUCACAGGGAUGUAGAGAAAUUAGAAUCCUCCUGCAUUGCUGGUGAAAAUAUAAAAUGGUGUAGCCACCUUGGAAAAUCGUUUAGAAGUUCCUCAGAAAGUUAAACAUAGAGUUACCAUAUAACCCAGCAAUUCCCCUCCUAGUUACAUAUUUUU